CAGUCGGGCUGAUUUCCUGCAUUGAAUCUUGGUUGUACUGAACAAAGCAACUACCGAAUUAUGGGAACACUGCUGUUCAUCGCAACGACCACUGUACUAUUGGCUUCGCUUCAGAAAUAUACCAGUGCAAAAGAAGCGUACGAAACUCAACGCCGCGAUGUACCAGAUGCAUUCCAGAUGUAUGCUCAUCUUGAUGACGUGUUGGGUGUCUCUGAUAUCAACGCUGAUGGCGUAUUCGAGUGCGUGGAAGCUGUACGCACAGAGUACCAAGAGGAUCCAAAAAAGGCGACAUUUGUGUUCUUAUUCAAAGGCCACCAUGGUACAGAAAAAAAAAAUGUCUCCUUUAACAUCAGCCCCGGUACCACCCCGGACACAAUAACCUUUUAUUUGGACAACGACCCAGAAGACACGUUUGAAGCUCAGUAUUUAUUCACGGAUUAUAAGACAUGUUGCAUUGUGAAAGGCCCUUACGGUGGUAGUGACAGGUGCCUGCUGUUUGUGUCGAAGAACGUGGCCGAAAAUGUUCCACAGCCCUGCCUCACCAAUUUUGCGGAUCUAUGCGGUGUCUCGGUGAACUUGCACAGCAGUGAGUUGUGUCCAGAAGACGAGUAAAAACAUUCGGAGUGCUAGAGCUCAGUUGCUAUGCGUCAGUUUCAAACUUACUUCUUAUUGCGAUGAACAUGAAAUACUAUUGGUUGUGCCACUUGCCAGCAGCAAAAGGGAUGCUUGGGCCAGUUCAUUUGCGUUCUUGUUGCAGUAGCGCCAAACACGAAGCACAAAGCCGCCUGACCACUGUUUAUUCAAACACGGAGUCUCGCAUAAUAGAGAUAUGCGAAGCAUUCGCUCUCUGCUAAAGUACUGGUGCGUUUCUUAGCACCCCCAUUGCUUUCACUACCUGAUUGCGGGCUCACGUAAUUGGACAAGACGUAAUCUUGUUACAAGUGUAGUUUUUCGUCACUUGUAUUGGUUCAGCGCGCAUGUUUUUCUCUCUUUUUUCAUUUUCUUGUUUUUUUCGCUUGAAUAAAGCGACAAUUUGUCAAUCA